CGCUCUGGUUGAUACCAUUUAAUGUUCUAGUUAAUAACAGCAAUAUAAACUACUGGGAUUAUAGUGUGCGAUCUGUAUAACGUUAAGAAGACAUUGACCAACGCUUCAUUCUUCAAAGAAUCACAAUGGUACAAUAUCUAGACGUUUGAAUAAAAGUAAAAAUUGUUGACAUUAAAAACACAAAAAGGAUUCCCAGAGUGGACUAGAUUUCAACCGGACCAUUCAACUCUGGUCACAUAAUGGCCACUAUUGAUAAGGAGCCUGAAACUGGCCUGGCUAGUUUAAUCAGAAAAGAAUCUUGCCCGGAGGCAUACGGAUGGCGAGUGGUCGGACCUACCAACUUGUCCGACCCGCUACAGCAUGUCGAGAACAUUAGAGGCUUUAAGAUCAGGGAUGAUGACGUCAUUCUGGCAGCGUACCCAAAGUGUGGUACACAUUGGGUGUGGGAGAUAACUCACAUGCUGCUCAGGCAGACGACGGACUACGAGAAGCGAUGCAAGGAACAGGUUAUGUUAGAAUCUAAUGGCGGGAUAGCCAGGUGCGAGAAAGAGGAAUCGCCCAGGAUCAUCAACAGCCACUUCGUGUUUGCUCACCUCCCACAAGAGAUCAUAGCCAAAAAGUCCAAGAUAAUUCACGUUUGGAGAAAUCCUAAAGAUACUUUAGUUUCUUUUUAUUAUCAUUACAAAAGUGUCAUUGUGGACUCCAGAUUUACCUUCUCUGAUGUUCUAGAGACGUCGAUGGCCGAUAAAUUUACAAUCCACACCCAGUUCGAGUACCUCCAGCAAAUGUCAAAGUUCGAGGAGGACCACCCAGACCACCCUAUCAUACACUUGUGUUAUGAGGAAAUGAAAAAGGAACCAAUCAAAGUAAUCCAAGAACUGGCCAGGUUUUUGAAAGUUCCAGCAGAUGAUGAAUUUUGCCGAAAAGUUGCAGACGCCUGUAGUUUUGAAAACAUGAAAGUAAUCAACCAAUCAGGACAGAAAAUGUUCCCUGCAGAAUUCUCUGUGUCACGAGGGCCAGGUCAUAAGAACCCAGAAAUUUACCGAAAAGGUGUAGUUGGAGAUUGGAAGAAUCACUUCACGGUGUCUGAGAAUGAAAGAUAUGAUAUGAUCAUAAACAGAGCAGGAGAGAAAGGGUUAAAGUUUAAAUUCAUUUACCAAUAAACGUUUGUUUCUCUGUGAUACUCAAGACCAAGAUAACAUUUUUGUUACAUUCGAUACUCUAAGACCAAGAUAAACUUUUUGUUACAUUCGAUACUCUAAAACCAAGAUAAACUCUUUGUCACAUUCGAUACUCUAAGACCACUGUAAAACCUUUUUGUUAUCUUCGAUACUCUAAAACCAAGAUAACCUCUUUGUUACAUUCGAUACUCUAAGACCAAGAUAAACUCUUUGUUACAUUCGAUACUAUAAUGCUACAAUAAACUUCGAUUCUCUUAAACCACAUUGAUCAUUAUUUCAAAAUUAAUAUUUUCAAAACCUCAAGAAAUAAUUUUCACAAAGGAUUGAGUUAUGUACACUUAAUAAAGUGAUCUUCAAAAUGUCCUUUCCUUAAUGUUUGCUUUUACGGUUCCAUAUUGUGGAUUGCUGUAUUCUGGAUUGACCACGUCUUCAGAACAAAUUUACUAAUCUAAAUAAACUUGUUUGCGUUUGGUAUUCCUUGUAUGCUUCUGUAAUUUUUAAAAGUAAAAAACUUAACAAAUGAAUCAGAAACAGUAUUGUGUUAUUGCUAAUUAAAGGAUUCCUAUAAAGCAGCCCGGCCAGAAGGUAGACACAGAUUUUUGUAGGCAGGUAAAGCGAAGUAUUCCGCAUCUAGGACUCCUCAAACGAUUCAAUCAGAGUUACCUCCCUUUCAUAAAGAGCUAAUAGGCUGGCAGCACUAACCUUACCGAUGACGAAGUUUUGCUGGAGGCGGGUGUGAAUAGUCUAGAAGCCCAGCUUACCAUUCGACAGCUGCGCUGGGUCGGACACUUAUCUUGCAUUGGCCUCCAUGUCAUCGCAACUCUUGAUAGGCGUAUUUCUUUUUGUCGGAGGACAUGUCACAAAAACCUCAUAAGACUUGACUACUUGGUCUCAUGCUAGUACGGUUUCAAAAAGUUCAAAGAUCUAUGCAUUGCUUGCUAUGUUUCAAGCUUAUCCAUUUAUUGUAUGUUUCUGAAUAAAUAUUCACAAUUUAUUGUAAAAAUAAAAUAAACGUUAUAUACACAA